AUGCCUAAGAUCAAAUUCAAUCUCAAAUUACCAAAUGCCGUCUCAAAUUUCACUCAGCAGCCAAUGUCACUAACAUCUUAUAUGGUGGUGGCGUUUGUUAAUGAUUUGAUAUGGAUAUGGACGUGGAUAUGGGUAUGGAUGGAUAUGGACGUGGAUAUGGACGUGGAUAUGGAUGGAUAUGGACGUGGAUAUAGAUGGAUAUGGAUGGAUAUGGACGUGGAUAUAGAUGGAUAUGGACGUGGAUAUAGAUGGAUAUGGGCAUGGAUAUGGAUGGAUAUGGUUGGAUAUGGACGUGGAUAUGGACAUGGAUAUGGACGUGGAUAUGGACAUGGAUAUGGACGUGGAUAUAGACGUGGAUAUGGACGGGGAUAUGGAUGGAUAUAG